ACCUGCCUAUUUGCACCAUCCUGGACGGACGAUCGAUGCAUUCUCGCCCCGCAAAGAAACAAGACAAAAUAAUGAUCUCAUUGAUGCGCCGAGUACCGAGUAGCGUACCGAGCAGAGUGCCCCUACGUACGACGUCCGUUCCUGCUCCGUGCCUUGUAUCCAUAAUCCAUCAGGCCAUUCAUUGCCGCGCUCCACGCGGUGCUCCGGAAGGGCAAAAGAAUCUCCCAUGACUGCACAGAGCCGGCGCGGCGCGGAGCUGGGGCUUGCGGCCUGCGGCGAGCCUCGUGCCAGCGGGGGACCCGUGCCGUGGCCCGUGCCUGCCUAUAUAAACGCGCAGCUCCUCUUGCCUCUUGGCUUCCGGCUAAUUAAUCGCCACCUCGCCACAGCCCACAGACCGCAGGCCACACCACCAGCUCUCGCGCUGCGCGAUAGCACUUGCCGGCCCGGAGCAGGGAGCGCCUGCGCCGGACCUCGGAUGGCCGAAGGCGGGCUCGCCGCGGCGGCGGAGGGCGGCGGCCGCGCGCGCGAAGACUACGGCGGCGGCGUGACGGUCCCCGUCGCGGUCACCUGCCUCAUGGCCGCCUCCUGCGGCCUCAUCUUCGGCUACGACAUUGGCGUCUCAGGUGGUGUGACGCAAAUGGAGUCGUUCCUGCGGAAAUUCUUCCCGGAGGUGUCGAGCCGGAUGAGGAGCGCCGCCGGCGCCGGGCACGACGCCUACUGCAGGUACGACGACCAGCUGCUCACGGCCUUCACCUCGUCGCUGUACAUCGCCGCCAUGCUCUCGUCGCUGGUAGCGAGCCGCGUCACGAGGACGGCGGGCCGCCAGGCCGUCAUGCUGGCCGGCGGCGUGCUGUUCCUCGCGGGCUCGGCGAUCAACGCCGGCGCCGCCAACGUCGCCAUGCUCAUCGUCGGCCGGAUGCUGCUCGGCUUCGGCGUCGGCUUCACCACACAGGUCGGUGCAGCUAGAAAAGAGCCCACACUACAGAGGCCCAGUAACAUCUUGGCCCAGUAUGUAAACAGAGCCCACCGCACCUUGGGUAUGUCUGCUGCUACAGGCUGCACCUUUGUACCUCGCCGAGACGUCGCCGGCGCGGUGGCGCGGCGCGUUCACCACGGCGUACCACAUCUUCCUCGUGCUGGGAUCGCUGGCCGCCACCGUCACCAACUACCUCACCAACCGCAUCCCCGGGUGGGGCUGGCGCGUGUCGCUCGGCCUCGCCGCCGUGCCCGCGGCCGCCGUCGUCCUGGGCGCCCUGCUCGUCCCGGACACCCCCAGCAGCCUGGUCCUGCGCGGCGAGGCCGACGCGGCGCGCGCCUCGCUGCAGCGCCUCCGCGGCCCGGGCGCGGACACCGAGGCCGAGUUCAAGGGCAUCGUCCGCGCCGUCGAGGAGGCCCGCCGGAACGACGAGGGCGCGUACGCGAGGCUGCGCGGCGCGGGGUACCGGCACUACCUGGUGAUGGUGGUGGCCAUCCCCUCCUUCUUCGACCUCACCGGCGUGAUUGCCCUGACCGUCUUCUCGCCGGUGCUGUUCCGGACGGUCGGGUUCAGCAGCCAGAGGGCCAUCCUCGGGUCCGUGAUCCUCAGCCUCGUGAACUUGACCGCGUCGUUCCUGUCCUCCGUCGCCAUGGACCGAGCCGGCCGCAGGUUCUUGUUCCUCACCGGCGGCGCAGCGAUGAUCGUUUGCCAGGUAUAAUCCGGAUAUCGCCAGCACUACCUACGCUGAUAAUGUCUAGAUCCAUGUUCUUAAUCGCCUCCCUGCUGCUUCCACUCGACAACGCAACGAAGCUGGCGAUGGCGUGGAUCCUGGCGGGCCAUCUCGGGAAGCAGGGCGCGGCGGCCAUGCCGCGCGGCUACGCGCUGGCCGUGCUGAUGCUCAUGUGCCUGUACACGCUGAGCUUCGGCGUGUCGUGGGGCCCGCUCAAGUGGGUGGUGCCCAGCGAGAUCUACCCCGUGGAGAUCCGGUCGGCGGGGCAGGCCCUGACGGUGUCCAUCGCGCUCUGCCUCUCCUUCGCGCAGACGCAGGUGUUCGUCUCCCUGCUCUGCGCCAUGAGGUACGCCAUCUUCCUGUUCUACGCCGGCUGGGUCGUGGUGAUGACGGCCUUCGUCGCCGCGUUCCUGCCGGAGACCAAGGGCGUGCCGCUGGAGGCCAUGCCCGCCGUCUGGGCGCGCCACUGGUACUGGAGGAGGUUCGUCGUCGUCGGGGACGCCAAGCUGGAGGCGCAGGUGAACUGCCUGUAGGAGAGACGAAUGAAUGCGACCGAUCGAAUAACAGAACAUGUCCGUGGGCUAAAAUUCUAAAGUGGUCGCUGCGUCCAUCCAACAUGUAGUUCCUUAAUUCUCUAGUGUAGCUUGACUGCUUGAUGUAUGCAGUACUCUGGUAAAGCCUGAUGUUUCUGUAGCGUUGAUCGCUGCUCGUAGUCAUUGUCAAUUGUGACUUGCCACCA